AGCCUGGGCUAGAGCAGGAGCCUUCUUGCACCUCGGCCCCAAGACCCGAGUCCGCCGGAGGUGCUGCGGUUUGGGACGGUGGCAGCGAGAGAAGCUGAGAUGUGACCCCCUUCUCCUGAUAUUGCCAUUGCCCUCUCUGGUGCCUGCCUCUGCGAACAACAGUCCGCACCAGCCAGCGAGCACUUGUCUGGAUCUUCGUGGAGAAAAGAGCAACCACUGGGCGCUCGCAAAGCCUGGGCAGAAGUUUGGCUUGCCCUGGCAGCUGUGAAGUAGCUGCGUGAGAAGGGUGGGCUAGGAGACCGAGGGAGCCGAGAGCUAAGGAAUGGGGUCUUAGCCUGCGCUAGGGUUGGGGAGAGAGAAGUCGAGUUGUUUCUCGCUCUCUCCCAGAGCCCGGGCGCGGGGCAGAGGGAGAAAUGCUGAGCCCGCGUCCGGGUUCCUGCCUCCCCGGCAGCAUCUUCAGCAGCAGCCUCAGCAUCAGCACCGGCGGGACAGCGACAGCGGGGGCGGCGCAGGCGCACUGUGCCCGGCGGAGCCUGCAGUUCCCCAGCCCCGUGUGCGGCACCGCCACAGUCUGGGCAGCGGCGGCCGGGGGAGCGCUACUACCAUGAACUGCUUGGUCCUCCUUCCCAGAGCUGCUCAUCCGGGUCGGGCUGGAGACACACUCAGGGGACCCCGCCGCCGCCGCCGCGCCCCCUUUUCUUUCGGCUCCAUCUCCACUACCUUUUCCUCCUCUUCUUCCACCUUUUCUUCCUGCUUCCCCCCCUCCCCCGCCGCGGAUCCUGGCCGCUGCUUUCCAGACCCAGGAUGCCGGGGGGCAAGAGAGGGCUGGUGGCUCCGCAGAACACAUUUUUGGAGAACAUCGUCAGGCGCUCCAGUGAAUCAAGUUUCUUACUGGGAAACGCCCAAAUUGUGGACUGGCCUGUAGUUUAUAGUAAUGACGGUUUUUGUAAACUCUCUGGAUAUCAUCGAGCUGACGUCAUGCAGAAAAGCAGCACUUGCAGUUUUAUGUAUGGAGAACUGACCGACAAGAAGACCAUCGAGAAAGUCAGGCAGACUUUUGACAACUACGAGUCAAACUGUUUUGAAGUUCUUCUGUACAAAAAAAACCGUACCCCUGUUUGGUUUUACAUGCAAAUUGCACCAAUAAGAAAUGAACACGAGAAGGUGGUCUUGUUCCUGUGUACAUUUAAGGAUAUUACGCUGUUCAAACAGCCCAUAGAGGAUGACUCAACAAAAGGUUGGACGAAAUUUGCCCGAUUGACACGGGCUUUGACAAAUAGCCGGAGUGUUUUACAGCAGCUUACACCAAUGAACAAAACAGAGACAGUCCACAAACACUCAAGACUAGCUGAAGUUCUUCAGCUGGGAUCAGACAUCCUUCCUCAGUACAAACAAGAAGCGCCAAAGACGCCGCCACACAUCAUCUUACACUACUGUGCUUUUAAAACUACGUGGGAUUGGGUGAUUUUAAUUCUUACCUUCUACACCGCUAUCAUGGUUCCUUACAAUGUUUCUUUCAAAACAAAGCAGAACAAUAUCGCCUGGCUGGUGCUGGACAGUGUGGUGGACGUUAUUUUUCUGGUUGACAUCGUUUUAAACUUUCACACGACUUUUGUUGGGCCGGGUGGAGAGGUCAUUUCUGACCCAAAGCUCAUACGAAUGAACUAUCUGAAGACGUGGUUUGUGAUUGAUCUGCUGUCCUGUUUACCUUACGACAUCAUCAAUGCCUUUGAAAAUGUGGAUGAGGGAAUCAGCAGUCUCUUCAGCUCUUUAAAGGUGGUGCGCCUCUUACGCCUGGGCCGUGUUGCUAGGAAACUGGACCAUUACCUGGAAUAUGGAGCAGCGGUCCUUGUGCUCCUGGUAUGUGUGUUUGGACUGGUUGCCCACUGGCUGGCCUGCAUCUGGUACAGCAUUGGAGACUAUGAGGUCAUUGAUGAAGUCACAAACACCAUUCAAAUAGACAGCUGGCUCUACCAGUUGGCCUUGAGCAUUGGGACCCCAUAUCGCUACAACACCAGUGCAGGGAUCUGGGAAGGAGGACCCAGCAAGGACUCCCUGUAUGUGUCCUCCCUCUACUUCACCAUGACGAGCCUUACAACCAUAGGAUUUGGAAACAUAGCUCCGACCACAGACGUGGAGAAGAUGUUCUCAGUGGCCAUGAUGAUGGUCGGCUCUCUUCUUUAUGCAACUAUUUUUGGAAAUGUUACCACAAUUUUCCAGCAAAUGUAUGCCAACACCAACCGUUACCAUGAGAUGCUGAAUAAUGUUCGAGAUUUCCUGAAACUAUAUCAGGUCCCGAAAGGCCUUAGUGAACGAGUCAUGGAUUAUAUUGUCUCAACAUGGUCAAUGUCAAAAGGCAUCGACACAGAGAAGGUCCUCUCCAUCUGCCCCAAGGACAUGAGAGCUGACAUCUGUGUUCAUCUGAACCGGAAGGUUUUUAAUGAACAUCCUGCAUUCCGACUGGCCAGCGAUGGAUGUCUGCGUGCCUUGGCAGUGGAGUUCCAAACCAUUCACUGUGCUCCUGGGGACCUGAUUUACCAUGCUGGAGAAAGUGUGGAUGCCCUCUGCUUUGUGGUGUCUGGGUCCUUGGAAGUUAUCCAGGAUGAGGAGGUGGUGGCCAUUUUAGGGAAAGGUGAUGUGUUUGGAGACAUCUUCUGGAAGGAAACCACCCUUGCUCAUGCAUGUGCCAAUGUCCGGGCCCUGACUUACUGUGACCUGCACAUCAUUAAGCGAGAAGCCUUGCUCAAGGUCCUUGACUUCUAUACAGCAUUUGCAAACUCAUUUUCCAGGAACCUCACUCUCACUUGCAAUCUAAGGAAGCGGAUCAUCUUCCGUAAAAUUAGUGAUGUGAAGAAGGAGGAGGAGGAGCGGCUGCGUCAGAAGAAUGAGGUAACUCUGAGCAUCCCCGUGGACCACCCAGUGAGGAAGCUCUUCCAGAAGUUCAAACAGCAGAAGGAACUGAGGAACCAGGGUUCAGCGCAGAGUGACCCCGAGAGGAGCCAGCUUCAGGUAGAGAGCCGCCCUUUGCAGAACGGAGCCUCCAUCACAGGUACCAGUGUGGUCACUGUGUCACAGAUUACCCCCAUCCAGACAUCUCUGGCCUAUGUGAAAACCAGCGAGUCUCUUAAGCAGAACAACCGCGAUGCCAUGGAACUAAAGCCCAAUGGCGGCGCUGAACCCAAAUGUCUCAAGGUCAACAGCCCCAUCCGAAUGAAAAACGGAAAUGGGAAGGGGUGGCUGAGACUGAAGAACAACAUGGGGGCUCAUGAGGAGAAAAAGGAAGACUGGAACAAUGUCACCAAAGCUGAGUCGAUGGGGCUGUUGUCCGAGGACCCCAAGGGCAGUGACUCAGAGAACAGUGUGACCAAGAACCCCUUAAGGAAAACGGAUUCUUGUGACAGUGGGAUUACAAAAAGUGACCUUCGUUUGGAUAAAGCUGGUGAGGCCCGAAGUCCUCUGGAACACAGUCCCAGCCAGGCUGAUGCCAAGCACCCCUUCUACCCUAUCCCUGAGCAAGCCUUACAAACCACACUACAGGAAGUAAAACAUGAACUCAAAGAGGACAUCCAGCUGCUGAGCUGCAGAAUGACUGCCCUGGAAAAGCAGGUGGCAGAGAUUUUAAAACUACUCUCAGAGAAAAGUGUACCCCAGACAUCUCCAAAACCCCAAAUUCCACUCCAAGUACCUCCCCAAAUACCAUGUCAGGAUAUUUUUAGUGUCUCAAGGCCUGAGUCACCUGAAUCUGACAAAGAUGAAAUCAACUUUUAAUAUAUAUAUAUACAUAUAUACAUAUAUAUUUGUUAAUAUAUUUAAAACAGUAUAUACAUCUAUAUACAUAAGUGUGUAUAUAUAGUAUAUACAUAUAUAUUUUCACUUGCUUUCAAUAUGAUGAACACAAUAUGGAUUUUGAUAUGUACAUACUGCAUGUCCAGCUGGAUUCUGGCCUGCCAAAGACAAUUAUUCAAAACAUAGAUAUUGCUUGUACAUUAUGCAGUUGACUGCAUGCACACUUUACAUUUAUUUAUAAUCUCUAUUCUGUAAUAAAAAAAAAGUAUGAAUUUUGUUAACUAAGGCAAUGUAAUCUUUGAAGAAUCAGGGUCCAACCUGCCAAUGUUGCCAUGACAAACUUGAUCUCAGGCUGAGUAUACCGAGCUGUCAUUUCUUCACUAUUCUGUUCAGUUAAAAUUAUAGAUUAACGUCAAGGGAGGGUUCAGCUUCUGGAGCUGUCAGACCACUUUACAGUCUCAUGCCAUAGGGUACUUUUCUGUAACUUAGUGUUAGGUUCCUUCUCCCUACAGGCAAUGUUUGCUCCAUUGAAAUGACUAUUUCGUUGCCUACAUCUGAUGCCACUGUCGGAUAUUGAGAACUUAUUGCUAUGGGUUUUGUGCAUGAACUGCAUUUCCACUCGAUGACACCCCCCUUUUUAGCAUUGUAUUUGAUAGUAAUCAUUAGCUCUUAUGUAAAGAAUCCCCUGCUCCCUCCGUCUUGGAGAAUAACUGUCAUCUUGGGAGCUGACUUGAUCAACACCAUAAAUACUCAAUUGUUAAUAUAGUGUAUAUUAUUAUAGAAACACUGCACCACAGGGUAUAAGGGCCUCUUAACAAUAUGUUAGAUAUGCCGAUUGUCCAAAGGCGAUGAAUGUUCUACAAUUGUAUUUCCAAAGCCCAUUCAAAAGGGGAUGUUGAAAGGCUCUUAGCAAAGAAACACA